AUGAGGCCAGCCUUGAAGAAAAUCGUCUAUCCAAUCCUGGCGAUAGCCGUUCUCCUCCUCAUCUUCCUGCUCGUCUUCUUCAUGAUACCCUCGACCGUCGAAAUGUCGCCGAUCUUGGAGGCCAUGGAUCUGACAGUCGACCCAUGCGAAGACUUCUACAGAUUCGCCUGCGGGUCCUGGGCGAGAAACAACCCAUUGCCUGCAGGCAGGAGCACGUGGAAUGCGGUCACGAAGUUGGAGAGGGAAAACCAUCUCGUCUUGCGGAAUGCACUCGAUGAUUUGAUGAAGCGAGGCGGGAGUCUCGAUGGAAGUUCGGCGGAGUCGCAGGCUCUGCGCUAUUAUGCCUCCUGCAUGGACCAAGAUGGGAAGAUCGAGGAGCUCGGUGCCGCUCCUCUCUUGGAACUGAUCGAGGAACUCGGGGGAUGGAACGUUUCGUCGAGGGAUUUCAAUGCCGCAAGUUGGAACUUCCAGAAAACCGUCCAGACCAUGCACAAUCGAUUCAAAUUUGGCGGACUUUUCAAUUGGUGGAUUGAUGUUGAUGACCGGAAUUCAGCACAGUACAUCAUCCAGAUUGGCGAAGGAGGACUGAGUCUGCCAUCACGGGAUUACUAUUUAAAGAAACACAUCGAAGAAGACAACGUUCUUUCAUCGUUGCUGGACUUCAUGACGAGGGUCGGGAUUCUCCUACUCAAAGAAACGAAAGAGCUUCGUGAAGAACGGAAUCAGUCAAUACGAAGUCAGAUGAGAAAUGUGAUCGAGUUCGAGGUCCUCUUGGCCGUCAUCAGCACUCCCGUUGGUCAGAAAUGGAACGAGCGAAAACUGCAUCACAAGAUGAGUCUGAUGGACCUUCAAUAUCGGGCCCCUUUGCUGAACUGGACGGAGUACAUGCGCGAGGCCUUCGGUCGGACGAGCAGGAGCAUCAGCGGGAACGAGCCCGUCCUGGUUCACGGGGUGAGGUAUCUCUCACGCCUGACGAGGCUGGUGAAGGAGAGGCUGAUCUCGGCCGAGGGAAGAAUCCAACUGGGGAAUUACCUGAUGUGGCACGCCGCGAUGGAGGCGAUCCCCCUGAUGCCGCGGCCCUUCCGGGAGGCGGCCGCGGGCCUCCGCGCGGCAAUCGCGGGGGCGGAGGGGGAGGCGAGCCGGUGGGAGGAAUGCGUGGUGGGCGCCGCCGGGUUCUUCGGGGAUGUCGCGGGGGCGCGGUUCGUCGAGGCGCGAUCGCCCGAGUCGGCCGAGGGUCCGGUCCGAGAAAUGAUCAGGGAGAUCAAGAAGGCAUUUACGAAUAACCUGAGCACCUUGAAGUGGAUGGACGAAGAGACUCAGCACGCUGCCUUCGUGAAGGCCAAGGCCGUGAGGAAAAUGAUCGGUCAUCCGAAGUCGGACGCGUCGAAAAUGGGCGGGUUGUACGAGGGGGUGGACCUCAAGCCGGAUGAGUACUUUCGGAACUGGAUGAGGUUGAGGGAAUGGGCGCUUUCAAGGGCGUUGGAUGACCUUGGGGAGCCCGUGGAUGAUAAGUGGCUGGUGUCUCCGGUGGCGGUGAAUGCGUAUUACGUGCCGGCUCGGAAUCAGAUGGUGUUUCCGGCCGGGAUUUUGCAGCCUCCGUUCUAUUCGCCUCAUUUUCCCGAAGCCGUGAAUUACGGUGGGAUAGGGGUCGUGAUAGGGCGUGAGCUCAUGCAUGCUUUUGAUAUCAGGGGAAGAGAAUACGACAAGCACGGCAACGCGAGUUCGCGGUGGAGCGAAAACGCGACGACGCGGUUCGCCCACGAGGCCAUGUGCCUCGCCCAGCAAUUCGCCCGCUUCACGGUCUACGGGGAAGGCCUGCACGGGAUGCACACGCUAAACGAGAACUUGGUGGAUCAGGGCGGCCUGAAGGUCGCGUAUGCGGCGUACCAGGCGUCUCAAUGCAGACGGCUUGGUUUCCAGCAUUUUCCGCUUCCGGGAUUGAAUUUCACUUCUCGGCAGCUUUUCUUCAUCAGUUUUGCACAGACUCUGUGCUCGGUGAAGACGAAGAAGGCACUCCUCUUCCAAGCGGAGAACGAGGGCCAUUCGCCGAACAGGUUCCGCGUGAUCGGCGCGCUGCGGAACAACGAGGACUUCAGCUGGGAAUUCGGCUGCCCGCGGGGGUCGCACAUGAACCCGGGGGCGAGGUGCCGGGUUUGCACUGUCCAGCUGACGAGACGAUCCGGAAGCGGUCAAAGCUCUUCCUGGAGGGGAAGACGGUCCUUGAAGACGAGCCACGAAACGGGCGAUCCCGCAAGUCGCCGACCUCCACCGAGAAGACCGCCGAAUCACCACCAGGCAGAUGAGCCGGACGCCUCACCCGAUGCCGCUCAUCGCAUCGUCACCGAUGAACUGGGCAGGAAGAAGGUCGCUGCUAAGGCCUCACCUCCUGACAAAAGAUCGACGGCAAUGGUGGAUGACCGGAAAUUGGUCGCCCACUUCGUGGCUCUCACUAUAAACGCCUCCGUCGGACAAGAACAUCCUCGAAUCUCAGACAUUCGAGUCAUCACCAAGUUCCAUGUUCUGCUCGGCAAGAAACCGACAAAAAUCCAUCAGCUGAUGUCAACGGCUUUGGGCCAGCACUGUCCAGCUGACGAGACGAUCCGGAAGCGGUCAAAGCUCUUCCUGGAGGGGAAGACGGUCCUUGAAGACGGUCCUUGA